AUGAGCGCUAAACAUUUCAAAUUAACGCGUCCAGAAUGGAUGACAAAAAACGUUUUAAUUGGCGGAGGAUUUAUAGCAGGCUUAGUGGUAAUUGCAGUCAUUGUUAUACCAAUAGCAGUCAUCUUUAGCAAAAAGUCGUCAACGGUAACGAAUACGACAACAGCCACAUCGGUGUUUCUUGCUUAUUGGAAUUUUGAAAAUAAUGGAAAUGAUUUAUACGGUAAUUAUAGUGGAACAACUAGCGGUAGUUCAUGGCAAUUUGGCACAUCAGGAUUCUAUGGUGGCACAUAUUUCUACGUAUACGGUACAAAUAGUUAUAUACAAGUACCAGCCUCAUCCUAUUUUAAUUUAAACUCUCAAAGCUUCACUUUUGAAGCAUGGAUUUAUCUUCACACUGUGGCGAAUGAUGCACCCAUAUUUAGUCAAUGUACAUGCACUACUUGCACAAGUCAAUGUUUAUUUUUAAUUAUUCGAAAUAGUAAAUUGUAUAUGGGUUUUAAUUUCAAUGAUUUAUCAGCGGUAACAACGUUGUCUACGUCCACAUGGUAUCAUGUCGCCUUUGUCUAUAACUAUCAAACUUCUCAACAAAUUAUUUACCUCAAUGGCGUUCAAGAUGCAAUUCGCUCCAAUGUAACAACACCUUAUCUUGGGACCAAUGGAUCUAUGUAUUUUGGUUAUUCACCACUUUUAUCAUCAAAUUAUUACUACGGUUGGAUUGAUAAUGCGCAACUGACGUCACGAGCUAAAAGCUCAGCAGAAAUAUCAGAUGAUGCACUGCUAGUAUUCUAUUAUUCAUUUGAUCAACCAAAUCCCUACUAUGACAAGGGUCCAAAUGGUUUAAAUGCAACAACUACGAACAAUUUAGUACCUGCAUCUGGACAUGUAGGACAGGCCAUUCGCUUGACAUCUAGUUCAAGUUAUAUGCAAAUAUACUGUUUUCCGGGGGUUAAUUGGCCUUCUAGUCGGUCGUUAACAUUUGCCAUAUGGGUCUAUCCUUCAUCGAUAAAUGGCGGUAAUUUUCUGUAUAGUACUCAGGGAUAUCCAAUGCUUGGCUUGACUUAUAGCGGUCAAACCGCUGCCCAAAUCCUACAGUCAUCUCCUGCAAACGUUUGGCUGACUAUAUUCGGUUCUUUUGUAGUAGUUAAUACUUGGACGCAUGUUGCCUGCACAUUUAGCACAACAAAUGGUUUUACUUUAUAUGUUAAUGGUGUAUCACAUGGUACAUUAACGGGCAUUUCUACGUACUAUUUUAACUAUAAUCUUCAAACUAUUCAAAUAGGAACGGGUAAUGGUAAUGGUUUUAUACCAUCCUAUGGUUUUCAAGGAUCCGUUGAUGAAUUAUAUGCUUAUAGACGUGCACUGAGUGCCUCCGAAAUAUUAGCAUUAGCUAGUGUAUAA